CCACCGCCCUCCUGUACCAACAAUAACACCCUAGCGGCGACUGCGAACCGGAACCAUCGGAACCUCCGCAGAAGGAAACGACUCGACCAGGUCUUGGACAUUCUGCAACACCGGAGUUCGCCAUCGGAGGGUGAAGUAUUGAAGUUCGAGGGAAGCGUACCAGCGUCCGAAGAGGAAGAGGACGUGUUCGGUUCGCCCAGGUCGUCCUCGAGAUCAGCCACGGAUCCACCGUCCGGAAUCAGUUUGCUACCCCUGAGGCUGAAGAGCGAGGAGCCCGUGACGUCUACCGAGGAGGAGUCGAACGCGAACGAGACCAACACCACCGACCAACAACAGCAGAAUCAUCAUCCUCAUCAUCCGCACUAUCACUCGCAUCAUCAUCGUCACCGGCACAGGCAUCAUCACAGAAACAGCAACGCCAAUCACCUGUACGAUCAGCUUCACCCGCCUCAUCAGAGAUCCCCGGUGCCCAAAUAUGCGGGAUGCACCUGCGUUCAGUGUUCCCAAUCGACUACCCCUCCGAUGGUGCUACCCUCGCCGACAUCCCCGUUGACUCCUCUCACACCGCUCACUCCGUUAACUCCGCUCACUCUGCCGCCGUUGACGCCGGGAUCCCUAUCGUCGUACAGUUUCGAGCACUACAUGCACACCAAGUACCUGCCGGAUAUCUUCAGAGGACGCAGUCAUUCGGACUCGGACCUGCCAGUAGUAAAAGGCGACGUGGCGUCGCCGACGACGAAGGAGAGCGUCGCCGUGAGGUACAACCUCGAGGUAUCUCCCGUGGUGGAGGAGAUGCCGCCCGGAGCGGACGUGGCGUACGUUUGCCCGGUUUGCGGGCAAAUGUUCAGCUUGCACGAUCGUCUCGCCAAACACAUGGCCUCGAGGCAUCGCAGACAGGGUCCUCAGGACGCGUCAGCGAAGGCGUACCUCUGCGACGUAUGCAAGAGGAGUUUUGCCAGGUCGGACAUGCUCACCAGACACAUGAGACUGCACACGGGCGUCAAACCGUACACGUGCAAGGUUUGCGGCCAGGUAUUCAGCAGGUCGGAUCACCUGAGUACCCAUCAGAGAACGCACACAGGCGAGAAACCAUACAAGUGUCCGCAGUGCGCGUACGCCGCCUGUCGCAGAGACAUGAUCACCAGGCACUUGAGGACCCACGCCAGAUUUCCCGACGUUCAGACGCCUAAGAGCGAACCUGGCCUUCUUGCUGGCGAAGAUAGCCCCACGUUUGCGCAGGAGCUAGCCUCCCCUUCGGCAACGAUCAAGGCCGAAUGACGACGGCCAGGUGGAUGACCGCCGCGUUUCUCGCCCGUGACUCCAAACGGAUUUCGAGAAGGUGAGCUUCGACCAGCUUCGACGAACGGUUUCGGCGCCGAAGUUGCAAGGUCUCGACAGAGACGAUGACAAGACACGAGGAUCGCAGAGGACAACGACGGAAGGCAAGAUCGAUUCGUCUGGGUGGAAUUGGCCCAACGAUUCACCAGACCCUACGAUUCGGUUAGAAUUAAGGAAAUUUUUCGUUAUUUUGUCGUUUUCGUAAAAUUUGUCGUUAUCGUAUAACGAAAUACAUAGCGUUAUCGGUCUUGAAAUUUUACGCGUUUUUUAACAGUAUUAUAUGGUAUUCGUCUUCCCCGUUGUUUCUCCUAGAAACUCGUGCGACGUUCAUCUUCCGGAGUCCUUUAUUGUUCAUCGAAAACUUGGCUGUUCGGAGAUCAUUUCGAAAAUGACUGUCAUCUCGCGUGAAAUAUUCGUUUUGUAUCUGGAAGUUUAACAAACUGUCAAAUGAUUCUUCUAUUCGCGUAAAAUAGAUCGAUUCUUUUCGACAUUGCAAACUUUUUUAUUUAUUUCCUAUUUUCUGUUGAUCCGCGAGAGUAUCGUUCAUCGUUGGAAUUUCUCCGAACAACCGAUCACUGUUAAACGAUGGUUAGUCUCUCUCAGACGUCAUUUUUGCGCAUGAAACGGAAACGAUUUGAAAGCAUUCCCGCGGGAAUUGCACGCGCAAUUCACGCAUAUCCGCGCUCCGAAGGUUCGAAAUUCGAAACAUGACGGUAUGUUCAAGAAACUUCGGUAUGUUCGAGAUACUCGCGAUUUUUUCGCGAUGUCAAUCUUCCAUCGAAGUGUAUCGUUGUUUCGCGAGGAAGGAGACUAAAAGAGGAGAAACUUGUGCCAAAUUUUCACGGUCGAUCCGUUGUUAAGCCUCGUUCACAUGGUUACAUAUCGGUCGAAUUGAGUACGUUGAAAAAAAGAUCGUUGGUGAUGUUCGUUAUCUUUAUAAUAAAGGAAAACUUGUCUCUUUCUGAAUCUGAUACCAUAAUCAUUUCAUGCUCGUUUCCCUUUUGGUUCGACUAUAAAUUAAUUAUUUAAACUCUCGGUUAUUUUAAACUAUUUUGUCAUAAAAUGGUUUUAAAAUAAAACUAAAUGGCUUGUAACGAUUCUUUCAGAAGUACGACACACAUGAAAAUAGAUUCGACGCUUCGAGGAAAGCUGGUGAAAGUAAUAUUUAUUCGUCAACAACGAUCUUUCCGAAACUCAAACGUUGUUACUCAAAAACGAAAUCCUCAAUUGAGACUAUCGUUUGGUUGUUGAGAAAACAACACUGUUAGCUAUUAUAACGACUAUUAAAACAGGAGACAGAGAGAGAGAGAGAGAGAGUGUGUGUGUGUGUGUGUGUGAGUGUGCGCAUGCUGCUUUAUUGGGUAUUGUGAAUUUCCUGUCGACAGCGUCGUGUUAUAUAUUUAUCGAAAAUUCGUUUGUUACUCGCGAAAACAGCGUGAAAAGGGAAGGCAGUCGAGCACUUUUGAAGGCUGCCUUUCGAGAAGAUUUCAGUCUCGAGAAGAGAGAAGGGACGCAGAUGGAUCCGCGAGACGCGACGAUUUUUCUUCGUGUGCGAAGGAAAAUGAAGGAAACGAAAUAAAAACUAAAAGAAAGAGAACGAACGUAACCGUACCUGCAGAAAGAAAGAAACUUAAAGCAUAAUAAAAGCGUUUAGAUGUAACGUUAAUUAGUGGGUAACGUUAAUAUUAUUAUUGCGUUUUAUUAUUAUUAUUAUUAUUAUUAUUAUUAUUAUUAUUAUUAUUAUUAUUAUGGAUAUUAAUAUUAAUAUUAAUAUUAUUAUUAUUAUUAUUAUUAUUAUUAACAUCAUUCUCAUAUUGUAAACUGUUCGGAGUGAGAAUGUUGCGAAAAGCGUGCGUAAGAAAGAGAGGAAGUUAUUUUUUUAUACGAAGAAAUUUUGCGAAAGGGUCGCGAGAGAGGUAAAGGAAAAGGAACACCGAGCGCGGGCUACGUGUUAUCUAACUGUAAAUUCAUUUAGUAUCGAAAUUUGCAAAAAUUCAAGAUCGAACUUAAAGGGUAUAUUCUCCUGUUUAAGGGAAGGACUAGUCCCCUGUCGGAGUUCUCUUCCAAAGUGGCGCUCUCUCGCGAAGCAGAUGGACGAAACGCCUUCGACCAUUUCGCGUUUCCGGUCCACGGUGACCAAUUCAUUAACUAGUGUAUUUCGUCGAAGCGCGGUCUGAAUUCGACCGUUCGGGAUUUUGCGGCGCGGACGAUUCCUCGAAAAAAAUACUCACUGGUUCGACUGGCGGAUCGCGUUCUCGCGAUCGCGAGAAAGAUGACAAACGUGUACUCGACUAUCGAACACUUUGUCGACAGACGCUUUAAGCGAAGGCUUGUUACAAUUUCAGAAAAUAGAAAAAUUCUAUUAAAAUUGAAAAGAAAUACGCGGCAAUCGGAAUUAAUUGGAAUUAAAAUCGCAAAGCGAGUCAUAAAUAAUCUUGUCGCGAAUAUCAAAUGUGAUAGAGAUGUGUCGAAAAAGCGUCGACGACACAGUGUCUUCGCGUAUGACGUUUCAUCGGAGACUACACGCGGUGUCAGCUAUAUACUUCAACCUUGCUCAACCUCGACCGUUUCGCCUUUUUCCUUGCCAUAACUCGGCCGCUGUCCAGUGUGUCUCCCGUUCGUGACCACGGUAAAACGGGCAGUGACGAAUAUCGCGAGUCACGCCCUGUGUAAACACGCACGAUGCUCAUCCGUAUUAACACACGCGACCACACAUGAUAUUGCAUAUACACGCUCAUAGACACAGAGACAGAAUACAAUAUUGUACAUCCAUAGACGCGUUGUUCAGGAAAUACACGGUGGUAAGGUGCGCGUAGUUGAAAGACGCGCGCACGCGCAGGUACGUAUAGCUGUAUUUUUGUAUACCGAUGUUUUUUCUAAUUAGUCUACCGUUUUAAGCGUUUCGAGAAGGAACGGAACGUGUAAUUAGCCGUUAAGGGGAAACUGUCGCUCUCUGCUUGCCAUUUUAACUUGCCUCUGUCGAUCGAACGAUUACUCGGAAGGCGGCUUGUCGGAGUGACAAGAGAAGGAUACACGAGGGAGAGACCUCGAGGCGGAAGGUUUCGUUUGAUGGGCCUCGACGUUUUCUUCGCGGAGAUUGUUCGUAUUUCGAAACAUUGAAAUUACGUUUUGUAAAUUCAGAAACUUAUAUUUUGAUAUCGUGAGAAAUUGUGCAGUUUGUUUUUGUUAUUUUUUAUUUUCUAUUUUUCUUUUUUUAAUGAUAUUUUUGUCCUUUUUUUGCAUAAUUACUUUCUUUCCUUUUCUUUUUUCUUUUCGAUAUGAAAUCACAAGGAUAAAUUUGGAUGACAUAAAUUGGAACAUAAAUGGUUGUCCGAUCUAUUAAAUUUUCGUUGUAUCGAAACUUCCGAUUCGAUAUCUGACCUUCGCGCGAUUCAGCCUUAAACCUGAGAGAAUCUCUCGCGCAACGAGCCCUUUUUCGCUUGAUGAGACAUAUGUAGAUUGAAACGAAACGAUAUAGAAGGGACAUAAUUGUAUAGUAAAAGAAAGACAAAAGAAUAAGAAAGAUGCGACACGCUCGUCGUGUCUGCAGGCAAUUAAGCGAUCGCCGUGCCAGACAACCUGUUCUUGUAAUUAUUAACACUCAUUUAGCCAUUCGUAUGAUUAUAAUUAUUUCUAUUAUUAUUAUUAUUAUUAUUAAUUAUUAUUAUAUUAUUAUUAUUAUUAUUAAUUAUUAUUAAUUAUUAUGCCUAGUUACGUUGUUAAGUGAUUAAUCAUGUUUAAUGCUUCUAUUAUUUAUUUUGUUAUCCUAUUCGCAAAUCAAGCUUCCUAUUUUUCGUCCUAUUCUUACAUUCUUCCUACCCUUUUUCCCUUGUUUCUCGUUUCAUCGAAAAAUCCUGUCCGAUUCUCGUUCUUUUCAAGGUGAAGAAGAGCGCUCGGUUUCAAUUACAAACAUCCGUCGCAUUUAUAAGUUCGUAUUCCGGCUUCUUCUCCGCCCUUCCGCGUCAUUUCCUCUUCUGCACGUUCUGCGCAAAAGAAGUAAAUGGCAAGGAACGACGAGAACGGUCCUUCCCGCGAUGAUUUUUACGGUUCCGUGACAUUCUGUUUACGUUUUGUAUAACGACGAACAAGAGAUUCGACAAAAGCAAAAGGAACAAAAAUAGAAUAAAAAUAAAGCGCUCACAAGGGUUUCUGUAAAUUAUUGCCGACGACGAUUGUGUAUGUUAAUUUAUAAAUUAUGUUGUGUUUACGAAUCGUGCCAGAAUGGAAAAAAAAUAUAAUUUUUCAACGAACUGUCACGCGCGUUUUCAUUCAGUCCAUCACGAAUCAUUCCAAUGUAUUCCCCGAUUUUUCCUUCUUUAUUUUCAUCUUCGUUUUUCUUCUCUUAGGUCUUUCCAUUCGAUUCUUUUUUUAUUUAUUUUCCUUUUAUUCGUGGGUUUAUUUAAUUAUCACGAAAACGGUGCCGUGCCUUCAUCGUUGUAGCGUUUGGAAAGAGAUUGGGGCGUCGCCGAGCCUCGUCGAAUCAUAGAAUACAUAUCAUCUUUUAAGGCUGAAGAUACACGGUAAGAACGUACGUAGAAAAUGAAAUAUUUUUUCAUGGUCGGUGAAAUAAUACAGGAAAAACUUAGCAACUGUAUCUGUCUAUCGCUUGCGUACGAUCGGUGUUGCGCAAAACG